AUUGAUACAAAUGUAACUUCCUGUGCGCAGCUUGGUAUAUUGCUUUCCGAAAAAUUACAUUAUUUGAUAACAAACAACUUCGUUGCGCAUCAUGGUCACAGUAGAACAAUUAUACAAGAAGUUUGGAGUUCUCGCUGAUGCUAAAGACAAGGCAGGAGAGCAUGAAGAAGAGUUUCUGUACAUCAUUAGUGCUGUAAAAGGUGGACCAGGCGAGAAAAGGCUUGCAUCACAAUUUGUGACAAGGUUUUUCAAGUACUUUCCAAAAUUAGCAUACCAAGCCAUCAAUGCACUGUUUGACCUUUGUGAAGAUGAUGAUAUAAAUAUUAGAAAACAGGCUAUCAAGGAUCUGCCAACGCUCUGUAAGGUGAAUGCGGAACAUGUACCGAAGAUUGCUGAGGCUUUAACACAGCUGUUACAAUGUGAUGAUCCUUUGGAGCUAGGGCUUAUACACUGCGCUCUUAAUCAGCUGUUUACAAUCAAUGCAAAAAGUGUUUUAAAUGGAAUAUUUACUCAAAUACACGGAGAUGAUGACAGGGUCAGAGAUAAUGCUAUAAAAUUUUUGUUUAUAAACUUGAGAAAGUUGCCAGAGGAUACAUUAAACAAAGAAUGUCAAGACUAUAUUACAGACGAGUGCAAGAAGGUAUUACAAGAUGUUACAAAGGAAGAGUUUAUUUUCAUAAUGGAAAUAUUGAAAUCAUUGUCUAGUAUGAACACAGUGAUGGGCAGGCAGCAGUUGCUGGAAAUAGUCACAGAACAAGCAGAAUUGGACCAAACGUUUGAGGCAGCAGAUUCAGAUGUUGUAGAUAGACUUAUGUCAUGUGUGAAACAGGCAGCUCCAUUAUUUUCGAAAAAUGUACAUUCUAAAGUGUUUGUGAAUUACAUGUGUAAUAAUGUGUUACCAGGACUUAGUUCCAUGUCAAACCCAGAAGAUAGAGUAGACAAUAAACUUGACAUGUUAAAAUUACUUGCAGAAAUCUCAGAUUUUAAUGGAUUUAGUCAGGAGGAUGUGCUAAAGCCAUUGAGUCACGUUUUCACCCGCUUAAUUGAGUACAUGCCAUUACCACCAGCAGAGGUAGAAUCAGACGCAGAUCUUGACGAGGAGCCAAAACUUCAGUUUUCCUAUGUCGAAUGUUUAAUGUACACAUUUCAUCAGCUGGGACGAAAAUACCCUGAAUUCCUAACAUCAGAAGAUGCUGCAGAAAGAUUAAAAGAUUUUAGAUUAAGGUUACAGUAUUUUGCAAGAGGAGUACAGAUUUAUAUAAAACAGUUGCGGCAAGAUUUACAAGGAAAGACAGGUGAUGCUCUUAAAACAGAAGAGAGUAAGUUAAAGGUAUGCGCACUCAAAGUCACAUCUAACAUCAACAGUCUUAUCAAAGAUCUGUUCCACAAUCCACCAUCAUACAAAUGCAUGGUCACGUUGUCAUGGAGACCAGCAACGAAAACUGUAACAUCACCUGGAGGGGGAACCACUCAAACUGCGCAGAAGAGAUUUACUCCAAUAACAUAUGAAGGGGCUGCCAAUGGGGCUUCAAAUCCAAAGAAAACAAACAGGGAAGCCAGACAGUUGUAUGCACCACCUAGCGGCAAAUUUAGCGAGAAAGCUGGUUCUUAUGUAGUCGGACAGAGAGGAAGGGGUGGAGGUGGUCGCGGUGGAGGGCGGGGUAGGGGCUUCAGAGGGGGCAGAGGAAAUCGAUUUUAACGAGACAAAAGGAAAACAGUACAAAAGAAAUAUGUUAUGGAUGCUAUUGAUUUGGCUGUGAUUUUAUGUAAAAGGGCAUGCAGAUUUAAUGGCAUUUUAAGUGGAUAAUAGAAUGCUAUGUACUUGUUAAACAAAAAUGCCUGGGCUUUAGAAUAAGUUUUAAAAUAAAAAAUCAGAAAGAAAAACAUUCUUAAUGUAGUGAAUUGAACUGGAGAUAGUGAGGGGGGGGGGGGAUUAUUUCAAAUUUCUGAUAUAUUAACUAUCCUAUUUUACAAAGAUUUCUCGUAAAGAAAAGAUUCCUGUAAUUAAAGUUCUUUUUAUCAAUUGAAAAAAUCAAAGAAGCAUAAAUUAUGUGUGAAAUGUAAAAAGGUUUGAUUUACAAAUUAUCAAGAUUUGUCAUUGAAUGUUUU